AUGGGAUUGAAUGAGACCUAUGGACCAGCAAGAAGUAAUAUCCUAAUGAUUAACCCAUUACCAACUGUUAAUCAUGCCUAUUCUCUAUUGAUGCAAGAUAAGAACCAAAGAGAGAAACAUGUCAACACACACUUCUCAGGAGAUGGCUCUUCAUUUCUGGCAGGAAGCACACAACAUACUACACAACUAUCUUCAGGAAAUCAGUUCAACACACAGCACGAAAAUGGAAGUGUUGCUAACAAAGGAAAUAAUGUCUACAAAGGAAAGAGAAAUGCUCAAAUAUGUUCCUAUUGUAAGAUGACCAACCAUACAGUUAAAAAUUGCAAUAGACUCAUAGGUUUCCCAACCAAUUUCAAGUUCACAAAGACUAAGAAAUUUCAAGGUCCUGUGAGGGGAAACUCUGCUGCAGAUAUGGAUCACACAGAGGGAGCUAACAAUAACAUCACUGAAGCUAAUUCAAAUUCAAGUUCCUGGAUCAUAGAUUCUGGAGCAUCUGAGCAUAUGUGCUUUAAUUCUGAGUCUUUUCAAUUUCUCUUUCCCCUUUCUACUCCAUUACUAGUCAAGCUACCUAAUUCUUCAAAGGGCCCUCUCCUGAAGAGCCCUCAAGCUUUUGUUAGUUUACCUAUUUCUGCAAGAACAAAAUCUGAUGUAAAGUUAUGGCAUGUAAGACUGGGGCAUUUGCCUUUUCAAGCAAUGAAAUACAUUAGUUCUAUUUCAUUUCUGCCCAAUCUUGUUUGUUCUUGUGAUAUAUGUUCUUUAGCUAGACAAUCUAAGUUGCCUUUUCCAAUCAGUCAAAUCAAAUCUAAAGGCAUUUUUGAUCUAAUACACAUUGACACAUGGGGGCCUUUUCUUGUUCCUACUUAUAAUGGUUAUAAAUAUUUUCUCAUGAUUGUGGAUGAUUUCAGUCAAGGAACUUGGACCUAUUUGCUGAGUACUAAGAGCAAUACCUUUCCAGUUUUAAAAUGGUUUCUUUGUAUGGUGGAAAGACAAUUUGCUUCAAAGCUUAAAGUUAUAAGAUCAGAUAAUGCUUUAGAAUUAGGGAGGGGAACAAUAGAAUCUGCAUUUCUGAAUUCACAGGGCAUUUUGCAUCAAAGAUCAUGUGUGGCCACACCUCAACAGAAUGGGGUUGUUGAGAGGAAGCACAGGCACCUUCUAGAGAUUGCUGGAGCAUUAUUAUUUCAAUAUAAGCUUCCUAUUUGCUACUGGGGAGAAUGUAUUUUGACUGCUACUUUUCUUAUCAAUAGAUUUCCUUCUAGAGUUCUUCAAGGUAAAACUCCUUAUGAAAUACUGUUUUCUGAGCCACGCUCUUAUCAUUUCCUCAAAUCUUUUGGAUGUUUGUGUUAUGUUUCCACUUUAUCUCAUAACAGGAGCAAAUUUGAGCCUAGGGAAAAGGCUUGUGUCUUCCUAGGAUAUCCUACUGGGCAAAAGGGAUACAAAGUGUUGGAUGUGGAAACUAAAAAGGUUUUUGUUUCAAGGGAUGUCAAGUUCUGUGAAGACAUCUUUCCCUUUUCCUCUUCCUCUUCAGACACUGCUUCAUUUUUGUUUCCCUCCCCUGCUCCCUCAGAUAAUUCUGCCCCUCCUACUCCAUUUUAUUCUAUUCCUAUCUCCCACCCAAGCUCACCUCCCUCACCUGUACAUUCUCCAUUACCCUCACAGCCUACUUCCCCACCUACUUCCCAUAUUUCUCCCAUAUUUCCUAGUCCCAUCUCUCCUUCUCCACCAUUCACCCAGCCCGUUGGGCUCAGAAGAUCUCAACGACCCAAUUUAGGCACUAAGCCUAUCCAUCUAAAGUAUUAUGUUUUCAAUAACGUAUACCUCACUGAUCUUACCACCUCUUGCCUUGCUACUCCCUCUACACCUCCUGUUUUUUCUUUUCAUGCUCUCUCUACUCAGAGUCAGCAUAUUCUCACUUCUACUUCACCUAUAAUGGAACCUACUAGUUAUUCCCAAGCUAGUUCUCAUGCAGGAUAA